ACCUUCGUGGUGUGACACUCGGCGGAAGUAAGCAGUGAAGAGGCGCCGCCAGCGUUACUGUCAGACGGACUGUGUUGUGUUAUCACGGAGAAAUAUUUGAACGUUAAAAGUCAGAAUGUGUUCAGUUCAGCAUCUGAGAGAGUUGAUCAGCGACAGACUGACUGCUGCUGCUGAAGAAAUAUUCACAGAGUUUGAAAAAACCAUCGUCCAGUACAAGGAGGAGAUCGAUCGUCAGCGCAGACUGCUGGAUAUCAUCUGGAAACCACAGAUCCCCUUAUACACCAUAGAACUCCCACUGCACUAUGUCUAUCAGGAGGAGGAGGCUCCUGCUGACCUGCUUUGUAAUCAGGAGAAGAACUCUGGUCUGCACCAGAAGGAUCCAGACCAGUUACAGAUGAAAGAGGAACAGAAGGAGCUCUGCACCAGUCUGGAUCAGGAGGACCCAGAGCCUCAACAGAUUAAAGAGGAACAAGAGGAACUCUGCACCAGUCUGGACCAGGAGGACGCAGAGCCUCCACAGAUUAAAGAUGAACAAGAGGAACUCUGCAUCAAUCUGUACCAGGAAGACCCAGAGCCUCCACAGAUUAAAGAGGAUCAAGAGGAACAGGAGGGACUCUGCACUGGUCUGUACCAGGAGGACCCACAAUCCUCACAGAUUAAAGAGGAACAAGAAGGAGUCUGCACCAAUCCGGACGAGGAGGACCCAGAGCCUCCACAGAUAAAAGAGGAACAAGAGGAAAUCUGCACUAAUCUUGGCCAGGAGGACCCACAGUCCUCACAGAUUAAAGAGGAACAAGAGAAACAGGAGGGACUCUCCACCAGUCCGGAUGAGGAGGACCCAGUAUCCUCACAGAUUGAAGAGGUACAGCCAUAUGUUUGUAACACAUGUGGAAAAAGAUUUUCUGAGAAAUCAAAACAUAAAAGGCACAUAGCAAUCCACAAAGAGGAAAAGCCAUAUUCUUGUGAAACAUGUGGGAAAAGUUUCUGUCGUCAGGAUAACUUAGUGCUUCACAUGAGGACUCACACAGGUGAGAAGCUGUACUCUUGCAAAACCUGCGGAAAAAGUUUCAGUGGAGGAAGCUAUUUGAAAAUCCACAUGAGAAGUCACACAGGUGAGAAGCCGUACUCUUGUAAGACCUGCGGAAAAGGUUUCAGUGACGCAGGGAGGUUGAAAGUCCACAUUAGAACUCACACAGGUGAGAAGCCAUAUGCUUGUAACACGUGCGGAAAAAGAUUUUCUAACACAUCAACACAUAAAAGGCACAUAGCAAUCCACAAAGAGGAAAAGCCGUAUUCCUGUGGAACAUGUGGGAAAAGUUUCAUUCGUCAGGAUAACUUGGUGAUUCACAUGAAAGCGCACACAGGUGAGAAGCCGUACGUUUGCAGCACAUGUGGAAAAGGAUUUUCUGACGCAAUAACACAUAGAAGGCACACAGUAAUCCACAAAGAGGAAAAGCCAUAUUCCUGUAAAACCUGCGGAAAAAGUUUCAGUCAGGGAGGUACUUUAAAAAUCCACAUGAGAACUCACACAGGUGAGAUGCCGUACCCAUGUAACAGUUGUGGGAGAAGAUUUAGUUUCAGAUCCAGUUUGAAAUUACAUGUGAGAACUCACACAGGUGAGAAGCCGUACUCUUGUAAAACCUGCGGAAAAAGUUUCAGUGGAGGAAGUAGUUUGAAAAUCCACAUGAGAACUCACACAGGUGAGAAGCCAUACCUUUGUAACACCUGUGGAAAAAGAUUUUCUGAAAAAUCAGCACAUAAAAGGCACACAACGAUCCACAAAGAGGAAAAGCCAUAUUCUUGUACAACAUGUGGGAAAAGUUUCGGUCGUCAGGAUAACUUGGUGUUUCACAUGAGAACUCACACAGGUGAGAAGCUGUACUCUUGUAAAACCUGUGGAAAAAGUUUCAGUCAAGGAAGUAGUUUGAAAGUCCACAUGAGAACUCACACAGGUGAGAAGCCGUACUCUUGUGAAACAUGCGGAAAAAGUUUCAGUCAAGGAGGUAGUUUGAAAGUCCACAUGAGAACUCACACAGAUGAGAGGCCGUACUCUUGUGUAACCUGCGGAAAAAGUUUUAGUCAAGGAGGUAGUUUGAAUGUCCACAUGAGAAUCCACACAGGUGAGAAGUAGUACAUGCUGCUGUAUUUUUGGUAUCAUACUUCAUCCUUCAUCAGCAUAGCAGUGAUGUGAGAUAUUGUGAAGCUCUUUGGAACAUGUUCACAUCCUGCUGGAAGGACAUGGUUGAUCAUGUGUGAACAUACUGCUGGAGUCCAAGCAGCUCGAGUGCUGCUGUCUUUAAAGUAAAAGGAUGCAAAGAAAUACUGAGGCGUUAUGACAGUAGGUCACAGCAGAGCGCAUCUUUGCAUCGGAAGAGAUCUGCACAUGAACCUCCUUUGAUUGUUUGUCAUGUUUCAAAGACAGACAGCUGAGGAGAUGAAGUGGACUUCUGUUGGUACCUGUAGAGGAGGUUGAUACAGUCAAGAUGGUCAUAGUGUUUCGUUCCAUCAUUACAUCUUCAAAUGUUGUUAAUUUUAAUUUCUUCAUCAGCAAAAUGUCACAUCCAUAGCAGCAAACAGAAACCACCUUUACUGAUUUAAUGUGUGAUUUAAAAUGUGAUCUUCACAGGCUGUAAUGCUGUACAGGUCAGACUGUGUGAAAACUACAGCCAUAUGUCAGGAAAUUAAUCUGUCAUCUGUUUGUUCCUCAUCAGUGAUUUAUUUCUUGAUGGAUAAUUGUAAAUGCUAAACUUGUUUUAAACUCCACAUUGAUCUUAAAUAAACUUUUAAAAAAC